AUGCUUUCAGAUACUGAAUUCGUUCAAGGAUCAAAUCAAUAUAACUUUUUCUUUCCAGUACCAACAUGUGCCAAAUUACCCUAUUCAGGAAAUGUCAUUCCUUCAUGGCCAAACAAAUUGGUAUUACCAAGAGGAGAGAAUUCGAAAUUGGUGUUGUGUUAUGAAGUCGAUGCAUUGUUGAAUUGGCCAUUGGUUCAUGAAUUGGCUGGCAAUGUAUUGAUGAGAAUUAUUAACACACAUUACAAACUUAGUAUUCCCUACCAAUUCAACAAAGUCAACACUUCCAAAUUAGGAUAUUUCACAACCAUGAAAAAUUUAGUCGAUACUGGAGCUUGUGACAUUGCCAUUGCUAGCACCAAUUUGGAUUCCAAUCGAUUGCCACAAGUUCAUUUCAAUUGUCCUUACGGAACUUCGUCUCCAGGCUAUUUACGUUCUGCCUUAGAUCUAUCCAACAUUACCAUUUCCAAACCAGAAGAUAUCAAUAACCCCAAUGUAACCAUUGUCACUUACGGUGGAAGUUUCUAUGCCACAUAUGCCAAAAACAAUUUUCCACUCGCCAAACUUAUUGGUUUGACUUCGGGUUAUACUGAAUGCUUUACUUACAUUUUAGAAAAGAAGGCACAUAUCAUGUUAGGAGACGCUAUUGAUUUGCAAACUUGGGUCAAACAACGUUCGAGUGAAUGUCCUGGUUGUGAAUCUAAGGCUUACGACAUGUCAAAUGCCAAAAUAUAUGACGACAAGGAAACAGUCUUUGUGAUGAUUCCAUUUAUCGAUCCGUCCCAUAUGGUUGAUUUUACACAUUUAGCACGAGCAAUGAUUGGAAUGGGAAUUAAAUCAGAGAAUAUCAUCAUCUUGUCCGCUGACAACAAGUCACAUCAACAACUGCCAAAUGUCAUUCCGAUGAAACCCUACUCUCCAACUCUUCAAAAACAAGACAUUUCUAUUACCGAAUCUGUUCAAUCAUUCACCAGUGAUGUCCCCAUCCUAUCCAAGCUCAAAGUUGCCUUCAAUUAUUCCAUUCAUAAUUAUCCAACAUUUAUUUCAGCUCUCGAUGAAGUUUUUCAAAAUCAUGAAACACUUUUCCAAUUCAUGCAAGAACGAAAUGUUCAGAACCGAACGAAAAAUCUUCACCUCGUGAUUGACAUUGUCUUUGCUGCUGCGUACGAAUGGGCACACGCUCGACAAUUGAAUUUUACUGUGUUUAGUAAUGUUCCACAAAUUUUUGCAUUUGAAGAUUUUGGGAAUUUAAUUCCAAGAAUGUUAUACGAAACAACGAGUUUGGAGAGAGCUCUGAGAAUUUUGAAAAGACAAGGUUUGAUGGCUUUUAUAUGGAAUCGUUUGAAUGAAAAGGUUUUUAAAUUUGUGGAAUUUUUAACAAUGGCCAUUCCAAUGGUUCAGAAAUUGGAUCAAUACAGAGUGACAAGUGGCAUGAAGGCUCUUGGUGUACCAUUUAUGGAUUUGAGUCGAUAUUUUGUCAUUUCAUUGACUCUUCCAGGUUAUGCCUACACCAAUGUGCCUCUUCCUCCCAAUGUGAAAUUAGUUGGAUUUACCACAAGUGUCAAGUCAAAUGCCAAACAAACUCAUAGUGAGGAUUUAACGGAGUGGCUGGAACAGCACAAGAAAACCAAUCGCAAAAUAGUGUACAUGGCAUUUGGUACCAAAGCAAGUCUAUCACUCGAACAUGCACGAAACGUGAUUCAAAAUAUUCUCGAAUUUCGAAAUCAAUCCUUCGAUAUGGUCGUAUCCUUAAAAUUUUCCCUCCAAGAAUUAUUUCCAAAUCCAAAUGCUACAUAUGACAGCAAUCGAUUAAUUGUUAGAAAAUGGGUCAAUCAAGAACAUGUUCUCAAGUAUGCCUCUCUAUUCAUUUCAUGGAGGUGCUCAUUCCCUUUUUGA